UUCUGGUCUUUACCCAAGUGUUUGAGGACAGGCCGAGUGACUGAGUCUGAACUCCACUAACAAGGCUCCAGGGCGUCAGGCUGCCUGCUCCUUCCUGGACAAAACUCAGGAUUCCCUAUGGCUCUCCAGGAAUCCACAGCGCCGGAUCCCUACCAGACGUAUUUUGAACCCACGGUCUACCUGAACUACUUCAAGAUGGGCCAGAGCCCUGUGGGUGAUGAGUGCCUCUAUUUCCUGCUAAAACACUACCACGCUGUUUUCAAAUCAGGUGGGCUGAAGGGAAAGCUCCUGAUUGACAUUGGCUCUGGGCCCAGCAUCUACCAGCUCCUGUCCGCCUGCGAGGCUUUCGAGGAGAUCGUGGCCACUGACUACACGGACAAGAACCGCCUGGAGCUGGAAAAGUGGCUGAAGAAGAUGCCAGGGGCAUUUGACUGGUCCCCGGUGGUGAAAUACGUGUGUGAGCUCGAGGGGGACAGAGACAAGUGGGCUGCCAAGGAGGAGCGGCUCAGGAGGACCGUGCGGCAGGUGCUCAAGUGCGACGUUCAUAAGGAGCAGCCCCUGGAACCCGCGGUCCUGCCGCUGGCGGACUGCGUCCUGUCCUCCCUGUGCCUGGAGGCCGCCUGCCUCACCGAGGAGGCCUUCCGGGGUGCGCUGCGCCACCUCAGGACCCUGCUGCGGCCCGGGGGCCACCUGGUGCUGGGCGGGGGCUUCGACAGCAGCUUCUUCAUGGUGGGCGACAGGAAGUUCCCCUGCCUUCCCCUGAAGGAGAAAUCGGUGCGCGAAGCUCUGCAGGAGGCCGGCUUCGUCAUCGAGAAGCUGGAGACGAAGGCGCGGGCGGCCGAGACCUUGUCGGACCCGGACGCGGAUUACACGGGGAUGUUCGUCCUCGUGGCCAAGAGAAGCGACUGACCUCGCGGGCUCGGACGGCUGCGAGGACGCAGGGGCCCUCCCGCCACUCGGCUGGCUUUCCUCCGCGCUGUCGGCUUUAUUUAGAACCCUGCCCAGCAAGCGCUUUUAGAGUCUUGUUAUUACGUGAUGGCCAGAUAAUUAGGGCUCUAAGUCUCAGACAGAGAGGUUUAUAAUACACCCCGCUAACGUCCCAGGGGAAGAAUAGGGUCAGAGAAAUAAACCUGUGCCCCCCCCUAGUUUUGAGGGCACCUCGGGGUUGCAUGGGAGUGAAGAGGGUAGAGUCCCCACGCUCUCCUACGAGAGGCAUUUGGGGACUGCUCACCUUCGGAGCUCAUUCGUCACCUGCGUCCUCACCCCUGCCGAUGAGACUGCACCGCCCCGUCCCCCGACAGGAAAAGGACGCAGGCUUGGGGGCGGCGAGAAGACCUGGAUGUUGGUACUUGGCUCUUGUGAUGAUAGGUAGGCCAUUAAUAUCUCAGAGCCUCAGUUUCCCCAUCUCUGAAAUGGAACCAAUAAGACCCCUCCCCAGGCUUAUUGUGACGCCCCAAAUAUAUAACAUGAAUACACCUGGUAAAUAACUA